GACGCAGAGAAGCAACAGUCAGUCGCCUUUUGCGCCAACUGCACAGCUCGUUGUAAGUCAGGAGUUAGAAACCGGAUCGUUCGCACUGCCCGUUCGUCUAGGCUAAGUGAUUAUUUUCAUUUUCGUGUUUUUGAAAUCCCAGUUUUUGAAACAAUGCAGCUAAGUGCUGAUCAGCCGACCCUCUGAGAUGGAGAAAACAUCAACAGAAGAUGACUGUGUGGAUUCAGGAGCCGAGACCGGAGGGUCUGAUUACAGUCCCUUGUCCUCAACGAGCAGUGAAUUAUCCAUGGGUGAACUCCAGGAUCCCUUUCUCGUCAGCAUCCACCUCAUUGCCGACCCUGGCCAAGGCAAGUUCCUGCAGCGUGCUGCUGAUGCUAUGCUGGCGUGGGUUCACCCUGAGUUGCAGCUCUUCCGAGUCUCAGAGCGGGCCUCCAUCUCCCAGCGGCCCCGCCACAAGCACCAUCAAAAUGACAGCCUGGGCGCAGCCUGCCAGCCAGCCCUGGCAGUCAUCCUCUUCCUUCAGGAGGCGUACGGCGGUGAGGAGCAGAUUCUGAUGCUGCACCGCACUCUGCAGAGGCCACCAUGGCACUACCACCACACUGAAAAGGUCAGCAAUGGGCGGCGGAUGCUACCGCUAACACCUUGCAGUCAGGACUUUUUCACUUUGUCUCCUGGCACGCCUCUCUGGGCUGUGCGGCAGGUUCAUUACGGAAAAGAAAUUGUGCGAUUUACUGUUUAUUGCCAACAUGAGAAUUAUGUCGACAUGGUGCGACUUUACAAGCUGCUGCUUCAGCGGAGAGUGGCGCAGAAGAAGGAGGACUUCUGCUUCUUUGUGGUGUACUCCAACCCAGACAUGGAGAUCCAGUUAUCAUUUAAGAGACUCCCGCGAGGUCAGAAUCCGGUGGUGCUGGAGUCAGCGGUGAUGGAGGUGAGGGUACGAGAUGUCGGGGCGCUAGUGCCCCUGUUGCCACACCCCUGCAGCCCAAUCAGUGAGGUCCGUUGGCAGACAGAGGACUACGAUGGAAAUAAGAUCUUGCUGCAGGUCCAAGGUGCACACUUCAAACACCACCAAGAUCCCUACCACGUGUCAUCCACAAUCACUGAAUCAGCCUCCGCUCCGUCCACCUUCACCCGAAACACCGCUUCCCACAGGAGCCGUCGGCACCAGCAUCGGGCGACAUCUCGUCUCAGAGUCCAUCAGACCCCCCAUAGCUCCCACCCUCUGGUCUGUGAGGAGCUGGACGAGCAGGACCAGUGGGCAGACCAGCACCACCCGGACAGCUGGAGGACCCAGUGUAGGGGCCACCGGUCUAGCUCACUCUUCUCUCUACCUAACUUGGGCUCAGCCAGUUCCCGCUCCACCUGCUCCUCUCCUGGACCUUCUCCCAGCCCCCAUCACAGGACCCGCUCCCUCAACAGGAGCGCCUCCCUCAUCCCGCCUUUCCGUCUCAACGUGGAUGCUCUGAUUGGAGCGGAGGAGACAGAUGUGGACACAGGGGACAGAGUAAAUCCAGGCAGCAGUGUGGACCUUACAGUGGUGUCUGCAUACAUCAAACCCAGCCUACCGCAAACGUCUCGGCCAUUAUCUGCACCUCCAGAAGACGUCAGAUCCUCCCUCUCUCCUGGCAUCCCAGACAAGGCAGCCACGCUGGGCUGGACUUCUGACAGCUUCACCACCCAUGCCCCCUCCACCUUGUUGGGGUUUUGUGUCCAGAGCAGCAAAGUAAAUACAAAUGCUGCUCCAUCCCUUAGCAAUUUUUCCGUAAAUCAGUCCGACAGCUGCAGCAUCUUUAAUGGACCAGUUGAAGAGGCAGACAAGGUAGAAGAAGGAGAAGACCAAGAAUUCUACAUUUGAUCUGUUGGCUGAGAGGACUGUCUCUGGUGAUGACAGGCUCUACUCUGCCACCUGGUGUUUGACAGUAAAACUAAAAUGACAUUUUAAGCUGGAGCUUAUCACAAAACUUCACAUGAUUAUUAUUUUUUGUUUGUUUUGUUUUUUUGCAUGUAGAUUUAAUCUUUGUAAAUGUCAGGUUAUAUAUAAGUAAAUGAAAUUUCACAUUUGAAGAACCAAUGACAUAACUGUGUACAGAAACACCAUUCAAUAAAUAUUUUUGUCUGUCACGCUACCACUUUAAGGUAGCCUUGGAACCUUGAUUUUCCAUUUUAUUUAUUUUAAAGUAAACAUCUAUUAUGGGUUGAGCAUUAAUGUGAGAAUAUAUUAAACUGUAUUUAUAUAUUGAACAUAUCCAAACAUUAUGUGUAGAGUCUGAAGGCACCAAGUAACUUUUCAAAUUAGUGAGAAAAACACCAAAGUGAUUGACAAACUAUUUCAUAUUUCAUGCAAAAUUCAUGAUGGUGUGUAGUUAAAGACAGAAAAAGUUGCUACAAGUUUAUGUAUCAUGAAUAAAAUAAACUGAAUAAUCUGAGAGCUGAUACCAUUAUCAUUUAUCCAUUAUCAUUUAUUUAGUGUAAUGUUUCUGUUCAGCUGAUGAGUAUAAGUGUUGUGAUUCACUGUCCUUUUAGCUCUGCUUUGGUCUCCACCACCUCCUCACUUUUUGUCUGCUGCAUGUUACUCUUUUUCCACCAGCUUCUUCACUGUGUCUCCUGUUUGCUUCCGGACAGGUCGGUGUACGACGGGAUUGUCGGAGUAUGUCUGCUGGAAACAGCUGUUGCCUGGAACAAGUUUGAUGAGAGCACUGAGACUGAACCAACACAGUGAAAGCUGGGGAUUGUAAAACCCCUCCAUGUCACUCCCAGUGAUCCUUUUCACAUUACAGUUUAAUAGGAAAAUGUCACAUCAGUGGAAGAAGCAAGAAUACAGAGGAUGUUAAGAGAAAGUAGUGAAUGUAGUCAGCCAGUUUGCUAUUCUGCAGAUUAACUAGCAGUACAACUAUAUUAACAUAUAAUUUAUUAAGGAACCAGAGAACAAAAAUCCCUUCAAACAUCUUAAAAUAGAGGCCUUAAAUACCAGAUCUUGAAUUCUGUAAAUUCCUAACAAUUUCCAAUUUACACACACACACACACACACACACACACACACACAGAGAGAGAGAGAGACCUUUAAUUAGUUUAAACACAUGAUCUUGUAAAUAUGCUCAUUUGUAUGUAUGCCUCAAGGUAGUUUUACUUGAUAAGACAGGCUGUUUAAUUAUACCCUAAGUGAUUAAACCUCUUAAGAAACAGGGGGAGACUGAGGAUUACUUAAUUCAU